CAUAGAUUACGCAACACAUCGCCAUCCGGUAUAUAGCGGAUCCGUCACACAUCAGAUUUGUUCCAGCAGGAGAAGGACCAGCGGUGUCGUGGUGGAUUUUUCCCAGGCCUUGUGAAAAUCACAUUCACUUCGGAUUCAGAUUGUCCGACAUUAGCCGCCAUCAACACACGAAGUUCUGAUCCAGAAGGCCACCUGCAUCGUUCUAGAUCUCGGCCUAUUUCUACAAUCAGCCAUGUUGAAGGAGUUUGAGCGUGGCAGCUCUGACGUUGACUGGUGUGAGGCCAAUUAUGAUAUUGUCCCUGCCAUUGCUGAGUUCUGGAACACAAUCAGUAAUUUCUUAUUCAUCGUGCUGCCACCUGUGCUGAUGUACCUGUUCCGCCCGUAUGCACGCCAGGUCAACGCUUCCAUCAACCUCAUCUGGUGGAUGUUAGCGGUCGUAGGUAUAUCAUCAGCUUAUUUCCAUGCCACCCUAAGUCUGGUGGGCCAGCUGCUUGAUGAGAUUGCUAUCCUGUGGGUAAUCAUAGCAGCCUGGGGUGUGUGGGCACCAAGACGUUUCUUCCCAAGGUUCUGCAAUGAAAGCAGAAAGUCCUUUAUGCUGUUGAUGUUGGGGGCCGGUGCCAUCACCACCAUCCUAGCCUUCCUGCACCCUUCCAUGAACCACUUCCUCCUCAUGCCACUGGCCAUCCCAAGUCUCAUGUGUAUGUUCAGUGAACUCAAAAGGUGUAACGACUGGCGCGUGAUCCGCCUGGGCAUUGCAGCCUUUGUCUGGUUCAGCCUGGCGCUGACCUGCUGGCUGAACGAUCGGCUCUUCUGCCACAUCUGGGAGUCUGUGUCCUUCCCAUACCUCCACUCUGGCUGGCACAUCUUCAUUGCCAUCGCCUCCUUUGAACUGUGUGUGGUUAUGGCAUACUUUGAGGCAGUUACCAUGGCCCCUGAACGUGCACCGACCUUGAAGUUCUGGCCCUACGACAGGUGUGACCUUGGAGUCCCUUAUGUCAGCUUUAAAUGUUCUGCUGCCAAACCCAUAAAGGAGUGUUAGGUAUUCAACAUGAUAUUGUAAUCUUCUCUUUAAAUUUGUCAAUAGUUCCCAUGUUACUAUUUGUGGUUUGUGGAAAUGAAGUGAUGUAGUUUGAUGCUCAACCAUAAGUGACGAAACAGUUGAUGACUAACCUACCUUAAGUAGUGAGUCUAUUAUGCAUUGAUCAUAAAGAAAACUAAGACUGCAGGCUUUAGGCUUUAAUUGCCUGUAACAAAGGUGCCGAAUAUCUGUACUGUUGUAGAUGCUGGUCCUUUCUCAGGAAUAUCAUCAGAAAACUAUUAUUGAUUGAUUAUGGUUAGUAGUUACUUUAAUGUCAGGGACUUUAAUAUUUGAAUAUGUAGGCCCUACAUUUUUUCCCGUAAUUUGCUGAGACCUUCCAAAUUUCAUUAUGCAAACAAAUUCUUCUGUGUCAAAUUCAAUGGUACAGAAAUUCUUACAAGAAAUUCUUUGAGUCAGUCAUUGAGAUAAAUGUAGAGACAUACCUAUAAGAUGUAUUGCUAGAUGCAAUUCUAAAGUUGUAGAGUCUGUAUAUAAUGCCAUGUGAAAUGCAUGGCUUUUAAUACUACCUGAUUUUAAUAAUCAAUAUUUCACAAUGACAAAGAUAGAAAGCUAUUGACAUGAUUUUAGAGUUCAUUCUUGAACUUCAUUUGGCACAAAAUCUUUGUUGUUGUUGCAGAGCACUGUGUUGGAUAUCUCUUGUAGAGCAUAGAAACAUCAUGUCAUUUUCCCCUUUUGAUCCCAAGGGUGAACAAUAUGAUGAGACAUGAGGAAAACCCAUGAAACGUCAGUACCAAUGGAAGUUCAGAUUUUGAUUUGGUCAGAUAUAAUCAAGUCUAGAUCAGACUUAAAGUUUGAUUCUUGACAAAUCAGUUUAUUGGCAGGUACUUGAGUGGGGAUGGCUUUCUUUCCAGAAAAAAAACAACAACAAAAAUCAAACAUUACAGAUUUUAAGCUCAACCUACCCCACAUCAUUUUCACAGAACUAUGCAAAUUAACCCUUAUUUGCAUAUGUUACACUCAUCACUACCUACAAUGAAAAAGCCAUAAUGAGUGUACAGUUUUAAAGACUUUCAUUAUGAUUCAACAUAAAGAAAUGCACCAUAUGUAUAGGAGAGAGAGAGAGAAAGAGAGAGGGAGAGAGAGACUUUUAACUGUAUGGGUGAACUAAAGGAAUGAACAGUCCCUCAGAUGGAGAUAAGACAAAAUACUUGAGAUGCUCUUGUUGUGGAUCAAAUGAACUCUUACCAGAUAGGACCACAAUUAUAUCUGUAGUCCUUGUACUUCUAGUUUUACUCAGGGAUCCUACAUGCAACAGAUGCACAGCACUAACAGAUGCAAAGCACUAACUGUAUGUUGAAGGCUGCUCCUCAACAGAAUAAACAAGGAAUAAACAAAGAGAAACAUUAAUAUGUUUGA